AAUGGCAAACAAAUCGAAAGAACUCUUGUUAGAUAACAACAAUAUGCUUUACAAUUAAAAUUAAUAAAUAGGAAACAUCGUAUCUACUUUAGCUUAAACAAACCAAGUUGCUGCAGUUGUUUAAGAGAAACUUAAUGAUUAAGGAGAAAAAAUAUAGACUAUAGCAACUACAGUAUAAAAUAACUUAAAAAUUAGAACAAAGACAUAUAAAGGGAGACUAGAAGAGUUGAUAAACAAACUAACUAGAUUAUUAGAAGGGAAUUCUAUAUGAAACUAAUUCUCUAUCUAAUUGCAAUCCUCUUAUUUGCUGCUAAUAUUAUUGUGCUUGCAAUCAAAUUGUCUGAUUGA